AUGGAGCUGCACUACUUCAAGCACCCUGGCAUCUUGACAGCUGUUGCCAACAGUCAGUGGACAACACUAACUAUGUUGGUUCACAAACCAGAUGGUUUCCUCUGCACACAUGGUGACUUCAAGAACACCAUUAACAUACAGUCCAUUGGUGGCAAAAUCUUUGUGAAAAUUGAUCUCAAGGAUGCAGGUUUACAGCUUCCAUUGGAUGCGUCAUCAGGAGACUCACUGGUAAUGAAUACAUCCUUCGCUCUCUUCCACUACUAUCACCUGCCCUUUGGGAUUACGAGCACCUCAGUGAUAUUAAAGAGAUAUAUGGAACACGUUUCAAAGGGAAUGUCAGAUGUGGCCAGUUACCUGGAUGAUAUCAUCGUUGCAGACCAGUCUGCCCAACACCUGAUGGAUAACCUGGACACCCUUUUCUCCAUCCUACAGACAGCAAAUAUUUGUUGUAACUCAGAGAAGUGCCAGUUUUUCAUUCCCAAAUUGAACAUUUAG